UCUGAGUUGUCAGAGUCACGUUAGAGGAGAAAACAUCAGCUGAUGAUCUGCAGGUUGGAACUGAUGACAGCAGGAGAGUCGUGAUGGAAUAAACCGUCCUUCCUCUGAGGGCAGCAGCCUGUUUUUUCUGCUCCACAAACCUCUGUUUCCUCUCCAGCUAUGCGUAAUUUCAACAAAAGGGGAGAGUCUGUGCGUAAAAGUGCGCGCUCCUCCGUGUCGCACCGCGUUCUGCUGCCGUCUCCUCCUCUUCAUCUUCAUCUCCUCCGGCUGUAGAGCUCACAGUUGAGCCUCCAAACCGACCGGUCAUGGCUGAUCUGCGACCCUCCCGGAGCCGCUUUUGUCCGCGUCUCACGGCCGCCUUCUUGUGCGUUUUUCUGCUCGUUUUCCUCCACUGCGCCUCUGCGAGUCGUGAUGCUGUUUCGGGAGGCAACGACACGGGGAUCCGUCCAGUACGAUCCACGCAGGAGGAUCCCCACGACCACCACGGCAACUCCACGGAGCACAAAAAGGCUUUCCCCGUCCUCGCCUUCAACUUCGAGCACGUCAGGAAACCCUUUGAGAUCUCCAUGUGGAUCCUGCUGGCGCUGCUCAUGAAACUUGGUUUCCACAUCAUCCCCAGAAUUUCCCACGUCGUCCCAGAGAGCUGCCUGCUGAUCGUGGUCGGUCUCCUGGUCGGUGGAACCAUCAAAGCCGUGGAGGGAACCAACGCUCCGGUUCUCGACUCCAAGCUCUUCUUCCUCUACCUGCUGCCUCCCAUCAUCCUGGACGCCGGCUACUUCCUGCCGAUCCGGCCUUUCACCGAGAACCUGGGCACCAUCCUGGUGUUCGCCGUCCUGGGAACGCUGUGGAACGUCUUCUUCAUCGGCGGGACCAUGUUCGCCGUCUGUCAGAUCGAGGGCGCCGGGCUGGGCGACGUGAACCUGCUGUCCUGCCUGCUGUUCGGCUCCAUCAUCUCGGCCGUGGACCCCGUCGCCGUCCUCGCCGUGUUCGAGGAGAUUCACAUCAACGAGCUGCUGCACAUCCUGGUGUUCGGAGAGUCGCUGCUCAACGACGCCGUCACUGUGGUUUUGUAUCACCUGUUUCAGGAGUUUUCACGUGAAGGUUCUGUUUCUGUCGGCGACGCUCUCCUCGGCGUGGUCUGCUUCUUCGUGGUGUCUCUGGGAGGAAUCUUGGUGGGCUUCAUCUACGGCAUCCUGGGAGCUUUCACCUCCCGCUUCACGUCUCACACCCGAGUCAUCGAGCCGCUGUUCGUCUUCAUCUACAGCUACAUGGCUUACCUGUCGGCCGAGGUCUUCCACCUGUCGGGCAUCAUGUCUUUGAUAGCGUGUGGUGUGAUAAUGCGUCCGUACGUGGAAGCCAACAUCUCCCACAAGUCCUACACCACCGUCAAAUACUUCCUAAAGAUGUGGAGCAGCGUCAGUGAGACCCUCAUCUUCAUCUUCCUCGGCGUCUCCACGGUAGCCGGACCUCACGUCUGGAACUGGACCUUCGUUGUCUUCACCGUCUUCCUCUGUCUGGUGUCCAGAGUGCUGGGAGUCAUUGGUCUCACGUCCAUCAUCAAUAAAUUCCGUAUUGUGAAACUGACCAAAAAGGACCAGUUCAUCGUGGCCUACGGUGGCCUGCGAGGCGCCAUCGCCUUCUCGCUGGGCUUUCUGCUGACCGACAGCAAGAUGAAGCACAUGUUCCUCACCGCCAUCAUCACCGUCAUCUUCUUCACUGUGUUCGUGCAGGGAAUGACGAUCAGACCUCUGGUGGAGCUUCUGGCUGUGAAGAGGAAGAAAGAGAGCAAAGGGUCAAUUAAUGAGGAGAUCCACACACAGUUUCUGGAUCAUCUGCUGACAGGAAUUGAGGACGUCUGUGGUCAUUAUGGACAUCAUCACUGGAAGGACAAGCUGAAUCGCUUCAACAAGAAGUACGUGAAGAAGUGGCUGAUCGCCGGCGAACGCUCCACCGAGCCGCAGCUCAUUUCCUUCUACAACAAGAUGGAGCUGAAACAGGCCAUGAUGCUGGUGGAGGGGGGGAGCUCCGCCAAGCUGCCCACCGUCAUGUCCUCCGUCUCCAUGCAGAACAUCCAGCCCAGAGAGCCGCCCAGACGACGAGCGAUGCCGAACAUCUCCAAGAGUCGAGAGGAGGAGAUCAGGAAGAUCCUGAGAGCGAACCUGCAGAACACCAGACAGAGGCUUCGUUCUUACAGCCGACACGACCUGAUGAUCGACCCGUUCGAGGACAACGUGAGCGAAGUUCGUCUCAGGAAGCAGCGGGUGGAGAUGGGGAGGAGGAUGAGUCACUACCUCACAGUUCCUGCAAACCGUCAGGAGGCUCCUCCAGUCAGAAAAGUCGGGUUUCAACCAGAGCAUCAGGUUUUUACUUACGACGACACGGAGAGUCCCAGAUCUGCUGAGAUGAAGUCCGGAUCUGCUGCUGUCCAGCUGCUGAACGAGUCGCCUCAGAGGUCCGACCAGAGCGACGCCGAGCCGAACGCCAAACAGGACGACCAGGAAGAGCAGCUGAAACUGUCCCGCUGCCUCAGCGAUCCUGGACCGAACCAGGAGCAGAAGCAGUCCUGAUGAAGCUCAUUUAAAUCACUUAAAGACUGAAGCUCUUUUCUCCAUGUUAACCUGAUGAAUUCACCGAGUGGAGGGGAGCCGUAGCAAAGCUUCAUAUUUAUUAUUUAUAGCAUUGUUUUUUGUUAUUUUGUGACAUGAUAUGCAUUUUUCAGGACAUGUCUUUUUUCAUGAUGUUUUUUUCAUGCAGUAUUACCAAAGCACCACAACAUGGGACAUCUGGCUGCUUCAGGUGUCAACAUUUUGCAGCUUAACAUGCAGAGCGCUUGUUUUAACCAGCUUGAAGCACCAGACAGGUGAAGUUUUACACUCAAAGCACAGAAUUAGGAACACGUUAAAGAAGAGCACAAGCCCGAGGUAUAACAUUAAUCUAUCAAAGGUACGCAUGGGUGACAAAAUAAAGGAAAAACCAACUUGAAGUGUCUUUGUAAGAUGUUGGACCACUACAUUCUUCCAAAAGAGGUUCCCUAACUUGAGAUCAAACCACUCAGUGACUCCUUGUAUCCUAUGUAUGAGGUUUACAUCAUUCAUUAGGAUAAAAAUCAUAGAAAGUGAUCGAUGAGAACAAUUUGUUUUGAUUUCCAGUGAUUUUCCCUCUAAGGAGACCCAAAACAUCCCAAUAAAUUAAGAUCCUCUUACUGUAGCAAUCAGGUUUUCCUUUAAUCUAUCACCCAUCUGCAGUACAACAUAUGUGGGCUGAUACGUCAGAAGCAAUUACGAUGAAGUAGCACUAAAAAUAUGUUGGAGAUUUGUUUAUAGUCCUGCUAGCAGUGAGGCUCAGUCCAUCAUUUUGGUCCAUGCUAAAAUAUCUUAACAACCUUUAGAUGGAUCACAAGAAAGCUUUCACUUUCACAUUCGUGGCAUCCAGAGGAUGAAUCCUGCAGAUUUGAUUUGUCUUCUGACUUCUUUUUUUUACCUCUAGCUUCACAGUGAAGGUUUUUUUUAAUUGAAAAAUCCCAUAAAAUAUUUAAUAUAGCUGCAACUAAUCACUGUUUGAUUGUUGAUUAAUCUGUAUCUUAUGUUCUCGAUUGAUCAAUUACUUGUUUGGUGAUAAAAAAAAUGACAGAUAAUAGUGAAAAUUUCAAUCAAAAUGACAUUCUAAGAUGUCUUGUUUUUUUCCACAACCCACAUAUAUUUCAUGUUUCUUGUCACAAAGUUGUAAAGAAAAAAAUCACAUUGAAGAAACUACAACCUGAUAAUUUCUUCUAUUUUUCUUCUUACAGAAUUACUCAGACUGAUGCAUCAAUCAUCAAAACAGCAGAUGGUUACUUUAAUAGUUGAAAAGUAAUUGAUUGAACGAUUAAUUGUUGCAGCUUUACUACUGAAUCAAUUAACAUGUAAUUAGGUUCAAACGUUCACAUUCCCUCAGCAUGAACCAUAAAGACUAAAACGAGCCUCAUCAGGUCGAUAUUAUUCUGACUUCCUGUGAAGCAAAAAACAUUCCCAUUAGCCUCAGCUCUAUGUUGUAUUUAGUGCUCUUUAGUUAAUAUUGGCAUGCUAACAGAUGCUAGCUUUAGACCUGCUCUACAUGUUAGCAUGUAGCGGUGCCAAAUUACAGUCUCACAGAGCUGCUAGCAUAGCUGUUAUUUAAAUGAAAUGUGUACUGCUGUAUACAUAUCUUGGACAGAAUUCCAUGAAAACAACUCUCAAAAUAAGUAUUUUAUGUGCUAAUUAAAGUAGAAAACACACAUCUGGUGACUGAAGGAUGUUAAUGGUGCAGUGUGUAGAAUUUAAAGGGAUCUACUGGCAAAAAAAAUGGAGUAUAACAGAGUCAGAUUUUCUUUGGUGUUUCAUCAUAGGAACAUAACAAUGUGUUGUAUUUUUAUCACUUUAGAGUGAGAUUUAUAUCUGCUGAAGAAGUGGUUUGUCUUCCAGGAAGUCGGACAUGUUGCAUUGCCAUGUUUGUACGGUGGCUCAGAAUGGACAAACCAGUCAAUGUAUGUGCAGGUGCAUUUUGAGAAAAAUGUAUGGAAACUGCAGAAUUCCUAAUUUUGCAGAAAAAAAGUUUCUUUUUAAAUUUGAUCUAGUAAACAUAGAAACACCUUUUUUGAAUAAGUGCUGCAAACAUUUACCUCACAUUGGUUGCUUCUUUUGUUGUCUUUGCUUCAGGACAAAAUGAAUGUAUGUGUUAAAACAGUUAAACUUCAAAUGUGAAUUUGAACCAACUAGUCAUAUAGACAUUGGUUAGAAAGUUGCUUUUCUUAGACAUUUUUUUAAUUUGAAAGUUUUUUGAUUAGAAACAACUAUAAUUUGAUUCAACUGUUCAUUCAUUCAACUCAUCGUUUUAAGUCAAACUUUAAUGAUCUUUUUAGGUUCAAAAGUUAUCUAAAAAAUAAAAACAAGACAUUUUCAGGCUGCCAACAGAUGGACUAAUUACAACUUUCCCAAUUUCCCAACAAUCUACCUUCAUUUUUCUCUCAUAGAUGACAAAAGUUUUCUUUGUUGCGUCCUCUUUUUCAAACAUUUUUAGCUGUUGGAGAACAAUUUUGCUUCUGGCAUUGUGUCUCUUCUACUCUGUUCAUUACAUCCACGUUGCCUGUACUGCCACCUACUGGUGUCUAGUUUAGUCACUUCAUAGCAGUUAAUGAAACAAAAUUCACUUUACAAACAUGGAAACACAGCUAGAGAGGGACUUGAGCGUUCUGUAAGUUCACCUACAUAAGGGUGAAGUAAGAGGCAUAUACAGUCUCCCCACUAGAUGUUGCUAAUCUCUACACACUGCACCUUUAAAUUUGCUUUCAAACCAGGUAUAAACUGCCAGUAUAGUUCGACCGACGUCUGUGAACGAGCUUAUCACUGUGUUUCGCUGCGUGACUGAUCAGUGUUUUCUCAGGGACUUGCAACGUGGCUCAACGGACGCCAACAAAAACCUGCUCCACAGUGCUCUGUUGAUAACGUGAAUGUUUCGUAAUUUAAAGUGUUUUCAGCUUUGUCUGUUGACUUUUACAGAGUGAACAGGGUGUUACAUUUCAGUAUUUAGGUGUGUUCCUGCUAACUGAGCAUGCUUUAAGACUUUCACGAGGAGGUUUAAGAGACUGAAUCGCCUCUUCACAACACUGAGCUGCCUAUGCGUUUGCUGCCUGCACAUGUUUGCCUUAAAAUGUUUUUGCUUUUUUGUGUGUUUACCAGUCAUGAUAUUUUUAUAUUUUGCAAAGAUACAAAAUGUGUUAAAAUCAUGAAUAUUUAUUAAAUGAAGGAAAGCUUUAAAUCCUGUCUGAAAUAAAGGUUUCUCAUUGUUG